AGUGGUCAUGCACAAAGAUAAGGACGAUGCAGCUGGUCUACAUCGAUCCAGAGAUCUCACGGCUUUUGAUCAUACUCCUUUAGAUGGAGAAAUGUUUCUACAGGCACUCAAUGGAUUCCUUAUGAUAUUAACAUGUGAUGGAGAAGUAUUCUUCGCGACUCAUAGUAUAGAAGGUUAUUUAGGAUUUCAUCAGUCUGACAUCGUUCACCAAUCGGUGUACGAGCUGGUCCAUUCCGAAGACAGGGAGGAACUGCAAAGGCAGCUGAUGUGGAAUUCGUUUCUUCCCCCCGAGUCAGCCAAUAUGGGUCUUCAAGACGUUCUCCAAGCGGAAAAUUGCCAUUUGCUAGAACGGAGUUUUACGGUGCGCUUCCGAUGUCUCCUAGACAAUACUUCCGGCUUUCUGCGAUUAGACAUCCGAGGGCGAGUCAAGGUACUCCACGGACAAAACCGAAAAUCCGAAGAACCUCCUUUAGGACUAUUCGCCAUUUGUACUCCCUUCGGGCCUCCAUCACUUCUCGAAAUUCCCCAGAAAGAAGUUAUGUUCAAGAGCAAACACAAACUGGACCUAGCACUAGUCUCGAUGGAUCAAAGGGGAAAAAUGUUAUUAGGAUACUCAGAUUCGGAACUGGCCAGUAUGGGUGGAUACGACUUGGUUCACUAUGAUGAUUUAGCCUACGUUGCCAGUGCUCAUCAAGAAUUAUUGAAAACUGGGGCUUCUGGUAUGAUAGCAUAUCGAUUUCAAACCAAAGACGGACAAUGGCAGUGGCUGCAAACCAGUUCGAGGCUAGUGUACAAAAAUUCCAAACCCGAUUUCGUCAUCAGUACCCACCGACCACUCAUGGAAGAGGAAGGUCGCGACUUGCUAGGCAAACGCACCAUGGACUUCAAAGUCAGCUACCUGGACGCCGGUCUUCCCAACAACUACUUCUCCGAAACGGACCACCUCCUGUCCACCUCCAACGCUCCCUCCUCCACAAACAACAUCUCCUCCACCCCCACCAGGGUCAACAGACGCUACAAAACCCAACUGCGCGACUUCCUCUCCACCUGCCGUACCAAACGCAAACUAUCACACAGUUCCUCCAGCGGCCAGGUCACUCCUCCAGCAGUGGUCCCUCCUCCCAUGCCCACAGUGGAGUAUAUCGCCUCCGAACCCUCCUACAAUAUGUACAGCUCCCCCUAUCCACCGCCUACGGAUCACACUCUCUCCUAUAUGACCCACUCGAGUUUCCAGCCGUCGCUGUAUCCAACGCCUCCUGCGCUGGAAAAUCGCUAUUUGGCCACCACGGAGAACAUUUUCCACCAGUACCGGCCCUAUUACCCCGAUUACCACGCCACUUCCGGUCCCUAUAACGGGUUUUUGGACCCUCAAGCCGCCUACAGGGCGACGGUGGAGGAGAAGAUCUACCCUUGCCAGCAGCCUACUUAUGUGGUGCCUAAUGCCGCCGUGCCUUCUUGGCCCUAUUCGGUCAGCCCAUCGUCAGGGAUCAUCCAGCCUGUGCAGGUGUCUCCGCAAGUGACGGAUUUGGGCAAAGCGAAGCUGGACGGGGGACUGGUUGCUCCCAAGAUGGAGGAGGUCAAGGCGGACCCCAGCGGCCCCACGACCCCACAGCACUUCUCCCCCGUGCCUGAAAUCCCCAGGCAGACGGUACUGAUGUGGGGCUCCAACCAGGCGCACUGUCUGAACUCCAGCAUAGUCGAACGGUGCCCUGCCGAAUCCCACCACGGAUACUCGUCGGAGGGGUGUUUGGCGGAGAUUUCCGAUCCGGGGAUGUGCAAGUGGGGCGGUGGGGGCGAGGAUAGCAAGUCGGAGGGGGUGGUGAAUCAGAGCAGCGACGAUUCGGAGAGUCCGCACCAUCACGCUAAUAACCACCAUAGCCAUCAUAAUUCGAGGGUGGUGAUGGUGCUAUGAUGAACGUGGAUCGCUGGUGCUGACCAGUUUUGUAUAUAAUAUUUAGGCGUGGUUUUUUCGCGACUACAAUGAGUUUUUGUGAAAUUCGUUGGGGUUGACGAUUGGGAAAAAAUGAAUGUUCUACCACAGUCGAUGUUUCGUCAUUCAUUAGGAUGAUUAGGACAUAUUUAGACUCGGAAUGGGGGGUUUCAGUUGAAAUUUGUGUCGAACUGAAACGCUAUGAAUCAUGAUGGCAAGAGAAAAGAAUCAGAAAUGAAAGCAAAACCUGACCGACUCGUAGUGUUCGGAAAACUGUUCAACUAUGCAUUAUGAUUGAUGCUUUUGUGAAUAGCUUGGCAGUCUUGAAGGCUUGAUUUGAAUAGAUCCGGCUCGAAGGACCAAUAUGUUCGAGGACCAACACCUUCACGCAUACUAUUCGGAGGGGUGUUUGGCGGAGAUUUAUGUAUCUGGGGAUAUGCAAGUGGGGGAUCGAGAACGGAAAAGAUAGCAAGUUGAAGGGGGUAGUAAGUUAUUAGAGCAGCGACGAUUCGGAGAUUCCUCAGUAUCACUCCAACAACCAGCACAGCCAUCAUAAUUCGAGGGUGGUGAUGGUGCUAUGGUGACCAUUUUUUAUAUAAUAUACUUAGGCGUGGAUUUUUCGUGACUUCGCUCACGGUGAUCGAAGUUUGACUACUUAUAUUUACAAUGUGCUUUUGAAAAAAUUGUGGAUAGGGAUUAAGAGCAAAAAAGGAAUGUUUUUUCACAGUCGAUGUUGCUUCAUUCGUUAGGAUGAUGAAAACAUAUUCAGCCACUGGGUUUCUGUUAUAAUUCGUGUCGAAACUAUCCCAAAAUCAAAAACUCGAAAACCUGACUAGCUCGUAGUGGCAGGAAAUCUCUCCAACCAUACUUUAUGAUACAUUCUUCUUCGAAAAAAUUUGAGUGCACGAUACAUUUGUGGGAUAUAUUAAAAGAAUAACUAGUUCAUCAACCAGGUGCACUGUUUGAAUUCAAACAUCGAUCUCUUCACUGCCGAACACCUCCACGGAUACUUUUCGAAAGGAUGCGAACCCUCAAGUUCCGAUUUUUCAGCUGAACAUCCUUCAUAUUGGUCACUAUGUUUCGUGAAAAUGCCAGCUAUUCUGGUUUUUCGUUAUUUUUUCUCAUCAUACCCCACAUGAAACUGAUAUUUGAUGUGUCCCUCAAUGUAUUCUAUUUUUGUAUUCAUUGAGUCCUGGUAAUGUAUGAAAGGUCGACUGUGAUACUGAUUCAGUUUUUUAUUAUUCUUGUGACUUCAACCCCAAUAAAUUGUAUAAAAAUCUUACAUAAUUUGGAAUUGUCGCUUAUCGAUCGAAUAGACACUUAACUUGGGAAAUUCCGAUCGUGAUUAAUGAAUUCCUGUUUUGUUUAAAGGAAACCUGAUUUUUAACAGUCCUCAACAAUGGCAUUACCAGGUGGUCACGAAAUUUCAUUAUAUUCCUGAGGUGGAAAUUUCCAUAUAGAGGAAAAAAUAAGAACUAUUGAGUGGAAAAAAUGUAUCUACAUCUCUACCACUUUGCUGUUAUUUCCAAACCAUCAUAUUUUUAUGAUUUUUUCACAUAGGCGUUUACAAAUUCAGAUUCGUGAUAAUUCUCAGUUAGGUUGUCGAAGGUGAUUCUUGAGCAGAUCGUGCAUCAACUAUAUGAGAGAAGAAAAUCAUGACAUAUCUAAGUGAACACACAUUUUUUGAGUCAAAACCAAAACAAACCUAUUCUUAUGCUCUCCUUGGAACUUCAAUAAGUCCUAUUGGCGAGCAUCUAAUUCGAAAUCCAUGAAGAAUAUCACAAAAUAAUUAUCAUAUUGUGAUUAUUCUCAUUUAUACAAGGUGUUUCCGAAAUUCCAGCGUUCAAAACAGAAGGCAGUAAAAUAUAUUAACCAAAUAACAUUUUACAAAAAAAAUUUGCACACUUACACUUCCGUUACUUCAAACUAUUGGACGUCAGGCGACAUUGCCAAAGUCACUGAUAUCUGCAAAUCGAACGCUCGGGUACGGCUGAUGAAUGAUUCACAAAAUUUUAAGCCAAUUCAACAUCUUCCAAAAUAUUUAAUAAUGAUAAAUAAUAAUAAUUGAUAUAUCUGUUGCCCAUUUCAUUCAACACCCUGUUGAAGGUGUCUCAUUGAGAAAGGAACAUACAUCAACAGUUGAUAGAAAGUCGAGGUACUUUUGAAUAUAACAAUUUCUUUUAUAUUCUUGGACAGAAAAAAUCCAGGUCCGGAUUAACGAAAAUUCAAUGAAGUGUUGUGUGAUCAGAACAGUACAGCCUUUAUCAUCAAACUUUAGAAAUUUACUCUCAAAUUCGUGAAAUGCGCAGAACUUCAAAUUUAACAGAUUAUUCCUCAUUUUUCCGCUUCUCUACUGUACUCGAAUUUUGGCCUUCACUAUUUUGUCCAGAUUUGGAUCAAUAAUAGUGAAAUAUUUUGGAUUUUUGAGUUAUGAAAGUAUCUCGAUGUGAACUGAUUUCCAGUACACAGAACAGUCAUUCCAUUCCAUCAAUGUGUACCUAUUCACAGGACCGUACCUACUUUCAAUUUUCAAAUUCCUUUCAACUUACCUAUCUUUGACUUUCUCUAUUUUUGUCUCUUGAAUUCAGUAACACCUUGUAUUUAGAACCAACUCGGUGACGUCUUUAUCCAUUGUAGGCGCAUUUUCGCGUUUAUUGACGAAACACCCUGUAGACAUAUCUUCCUGUAUUCAGUUUAGUUGUCAUUGUCUUCGAAGUUAGAUACAUUAAAUAGAUUAUAUUAUGUAAUAUAUGAAAUGAAAGUUAUGUAUUAUUUUUGAUAUUUUUCAGUUCGGCGUAAUCGUAAUGCUUGGAAGAAAAUAAUGUUCAUUUGUACCUAUGAUUUGUUAUUUAUUUUUUACAUUUUUAUGCAGUGAACCAUACUAGUCAUUCAACUGGUUAUUUGUAAAUGUUGUAUAUUAUUAUUAUUAUUUAUAAAAUGUAAUUAAGAUUUUUUUUCGAUAAAUGAUUAACGAAAUGGCAAAGUAUAUUAUUAUUACCUAUAUUAUAUGUGACAAAGUCAAUCAAAAUAUCAUUCCUAUACUUUCUGUCUUCAAGUACUACAUUUGUAAGUCUAUUUUUGAUUUCUAUUUGUAAAAAGGUACCUUUUUCAUAACAUUCCAUCAAAAAAGUGAUUGUUUUUUGGAUUUAUCAGAAAUAAUGUAACGAAAAUGUAUAAUGAAUGGAUAAAAUAUAUUGAAAAUUAUUACAUUACCUUGAA